AUGCGUGUUUUGACGGUGGACGAAGCCGACGGAGACGUACAAAAGGCGGACCUGUCGAUAGAUCUGAAGAAGCACCAUGCGCCGCUGACGUUCCUGGACAAGUUGGCCUUCUGGACGGUCAAAUCCUUGAGAUACCCCACGGACAUAUUCUUCCAGAGAAGAUAUGGCUGCGGAGCGAUGAUGCUGGAGACCGUGGCAGCAGUGCCCGGCAUGGUCGGAGGAUUGCUUCUGCACCGCAAAUCGCUGAGGCGGUUCGAGCACAGUGGUGGUUGGAUCAAAGCCUUGCUAGAAGAAGCUGAGAAUGAACGCAUGCACCUCAUGACCUUCAUGGAGGUUUCGCAGCCAAGGUGGUACGAGCGCGCCCUCGUGUUUGCAGUCCAGGGCGUCUUCUUCAACGCCUACUUCCUGGGCUAUCUGAUCUCUCCCAAAUUUGCCCACCGGGUGGUUGGCUACCUUGAAGAAGAGGCCAUACACUCCUACACCGAGUUCCUGAAGGAGUUGGACAAUGAAAAUAUCGAGAAUGUCCCGGCUCCGGCCCUCGCCAUCGACUAUUGGCAGCUCCCCGAAGGAUCCACUCUGAGGGAUGUCGUGCUCGUGGUGAGAGCUGAUGAGGCACAUCACCGGGAUGUGAACCACUUUGCAUCGGACAUACAUUAUCAGGGACGUGAGCUGAAGGAAGCUCCUGCUCUACUAGGGUAUCAUUGAAAUAUU